AUGUAUUUUAUCACAAUAUUCAAAUCUAUCUAUCUAUCUAUCUAUCUAUCUAUUUGUCUAUCUAUUUGCAUAUGUUCGUUUUGCUCAUAUUUAACUGUAUUGAUAUCUAUCUGUCGUUUCCUAUCUAUCUAUCAAUCUAUAGAUCUAUCUACUAUCUAUUGCAACCUGUUCAUAUCAGUCAUUCACAGUUUGUUCAAAUCUAUCUAUCUAUCUAUCUAUCUAUCUAUCUAUCUAUCUAUCUAUCUAUCUAUCUAUCUACAUAUGUUCGUUCUGUUCAUAUCUAUCUAUCUAUCUAUCUAUCUAUCUGUUCUAUCUAUCUAUCUAUCUAUCUAUCUCAGUCUGUUCAUAUCUAUCUCAGUCUGUUCAUAUCUAUCUAUCUGUUCUAUCUAUCUAUCUAUCUAUCUAUCUAUCUAUCUAUCUAUCUAUCUAUCUAUCUAUCUAUCUCAGUCUGUUCAUAUCUAUCUAUCUAUCUAUCUAAAUAUAUCAGUCUGUUCAUUAUCUAUCUCUAUCUAUCUAUCUCUCUAUCUAUCUAUCUAUCUCAUCUAUUCUAUCUCAGUCUGUUUUUCAUAUCUAUUUAUCUAUUUCUAUCUAUCUAUCUAUCUAUCUAUCUAUCUAUCUAUCUAUCUAUCUCAGUCUGUUCAUAUCUAUCUUUCACAGUUAGUUCAUAACUUUCUAUCAUUAUAUGUUUAUAUCUAUCUAUCUAUCUAUCUAUCUAUCUAUCUAUCUAUCUAUCAACAAAUUUGA